CCUUUUACAUGUUUCCAUUAAACCCCAUUUCAGUUCUAACUUUCUAGAAAAUUCCUUCCCUGCAUUUCGAUCAGGGACUAGUUAAAUGGAUCUCAAGAAUGUUAAGGUUCCUAAGAUGCCUGGUGCUGGUGGUGGUGCCACUUCUCCCUUGAUCAAGUUUGGGAUUGUUUUCGGUCUUGGUGUGUAUGGAAUUGCUAACAGUCUCUACAAUGUUGAUGGCGGGAAUCGUGCCAUUGUUUUUAACCGUAUUCUUGGUGUUAAAGAUAAGGUUUAUCCAGAAGGGACUCAUUUCAUGAUUCCUUGGAUCGAUAGGCCUGUGAUAUAUGACGUUCGUGCACGUCCACAUCUAGUGGAGAGUACUUCCGGAAGUCGUGACCUUCAGAUGGUAAAGAUUGGACUUCGAGUUCUCACACGUCCAGUACCAGAUCAACUACCCACUAUUUACCGAUCACUUGGUGAAAAUUAUAAUGAACGAGUCCUGCCUUCAAUUAUUCAUGAAACUUUGAAAUCUGUGGUUGCACAGUACAAUGCUAGCCAGCUUAUCACCCAGAGAGAGAAUGUUAGUAGAGAAAUACGGAAGAUCUUAACUGAGAGGGCAGCCAACUUCAACAUCGCUUUAGAUGAUGUCUCGAUAACAAGCCUGACUUUUGGAAAGGAGUUCACAGCUGCAAUUGAAGCAAAACAGGUGGCUGCUCAAGAAGCUGAGAGAGCAAAGUUUAUUGUGGAAAAAGCUGAGCAAGAUAAACGUAGCGCUGUUAUUAGAGCUCAGGGUGAGGCUAAGAGCGCGCAGCUGAUUGGUCAAGCUAUCGCUAACAAUCCAGCAUUCAUCACUCUCAGAAAAAUCGAAGCAGCAAGAGACAUUGCACAUACCAUUUCCAAUUCAGCCAACAAAGCCUACUUGAGUGCCGAUGAUUUGUUGCUCAAUCUUCAGGACUUGAACUUGAAUAGCACUGGACGAAAAUGAGAACGUAGGACGCUACCAUUAGCUAAACUGUUUGUUAUUUCGUCAUUUCAUUUUCUUCCUCGACUGUUUAAAUUUGCAGGUGAAAUCCUCUAGGAUGAUGUUAAAUUUGCAAUUGAAAUAAAUAUAUGGUCUCACAUUUUGUGUCUU